AUGAAAAGCGGGAAGAUCCAGCAUUGCAAGUUCGAGGAGUCUUACAUCUGGAAUGACUUCUAUAUCACGGAGACAGAGUUCAACAUGGCGUGUAUUGAGUUUGAACUGCAGGCCGCCAACAUCUUCACCAGGAACACAGUGCUAGGCACUGGGAAGGUGCAAUUGGCCAUGGUCAGGCAGCGACCCAACCAUACCUACGUGCGGAAGCAGAUACAGCUGACUCUGGAGCACAAGCUCACCUCCAAGCUGACGGUCACUGUGUUUUGCUACGGAGAGGGCGACAAGCCUCCGGCUCCGGAUGAUGCUCAAGACAACAAGGAGGAGGUGGAGGCACAUCUCAAUGACUUGACGGCCGCCGUGAUUGGAGACACAGGAAACAAGAACCAGUUCAAUCAAUUUUAUCAUCUUUUCGUGCAAGUGCACCGUGCUGAACAUCUUGGUGGCGGUGAGAAGACGUACAAUCCUUACGUCUCCGUAGAGUUCAACGGCCAUGAAUUGCGGAGUCCGGCUGCUCGGGACACGCAUACGCUCGCCUUCGACGAACAGUUUCGGAUUCCCGUUACAACGCCGCUGUUCCAAGAUUCGAUCGUGAUCCGAAUCUGGGAUUCGUCCAAGUGGAUGGGUGACGAGAUCAUUGUGCAAGGUCGGUUGUCAUUCUCGCUGCUGCGCAUGCAUGCACUGUCUCCCAAAUGGUUCAACUUCUACGGCUUCAAAAGCGAGGAGGUUCCGGAUGUGCAAGCUAUUACCAGCUCUGGUGAUAUAGCGGAAGAAAACGCCUAUUUGGGCCGCUUGCUCAUCAGUGCCAGAGUGAACAAAGUCGAGUCCAUGUCAGCGCUGCAGCUGCCAGCAGUCCUGAGGGGCGGCCCCUGCGAAGAGCCGCCUUCCAAAGUGGAGAACUUCUUGAUGGACGUCUUCGAAGUCUCGGGCUGUGCCGGCAGCGAGGUGAUGUUGGAGAUGACGAUAGGCGUGAAGUCCAAGAAGACGAAGACGGCGCUGCGGUCGAAGGAAUCUGACGAGGAUCCAACUACCCCAGGCAGGUUCACCUUUCAAGGUGACAAGGGGCGAAUGACACCUUUGGUGGCCGUGAUUCCGACCAACCCUCCCGAACAGCUGGAUGUGAUCCUCUCCCUGUAUUCGCGAGUUACUGGAUAUGUAAGCAACGCUGACUGGCAGCGGAUUGGCUUUUCUCGGAUAAAGGUGGCAGAGGUCCGAGACUGGGAUGGCGACACCCAGACGCCGCUGUGGUGCACCAUGAAUAGUAUGGCGCACCUGCCCAGCAGCGUGGAGCCAGGCUCCAUUCUGUGCUCCCUGGCGAAGUCACAGGAGACGGUGCUCACACGGGGCGUUCCAAACUGCAAGCCGGUGAAGUUCCACUUGCGCUGCUACAUCAGCAUGGCGCGGAACCUGCAGUGCGAGGGCAACCGGGUUCCAAGCUCCUUCUGCGAGAUUUCUUGUGCUGGUCAGAGAGAGCGAACCGCCGUGAUUCCGCAGACCUCUUCACCUAAUUGGUCGGAUAUGCUGCCAUUGGACAUCAGCCUCCAGUGUUCUUUGCAGAACAUGCGCUGCUAUCCGGAACCAGUGCAGCUCACCGUGUACGACGUGGUUGGCAAGUCAUUGAUGGACAAGGUAGCCGAUGCCGCAAGUAGUGCAAAGCAGCUGGCGAACAGCGCCAUGGCGGGGCAGCUGGGCAACAACAAAGACGGCAAGCUGAACUUCAAUGACGAAGCCGGACAAGCCGGGUUGGCUGACAUGGAUUUUGCGAAGCUGGGAGAUGAAUACAAAGAGUACGUCAAAGACCAAGCACUUGCCACGAUGAUGGGUGAUGUGAUGGCUGCCAAGAGGCUUGGCGAGGUGAAGGGCGGCCGGCGUGUAAUCGGAAGGCAGAAGAUCAACUUCCGGAAGCUGCUCCACCCGCUCGCGAACUACAAGAUGAGGCAGCGCUGGCUCAAGCUCAAAGGUGGCGUGAUGGCAACUGGCUGGGCCGGCGACAUCAUGAUUGGACUGGAGAUGAUGAGGGCGAAGUAUGUGUCGGACUUCCCCCAAAAGAUCAUGAAGCCUCCAGGAAAGCCCUGCUUAGUCUCCGUGAGCAUCAUCGGCCUCCGCAACAUCACACUGGGAGAUCAGCUUCAGGGGGAGCCUAUCCUCGAGAUCGUGGUGCCCUCGGUGAAGCCGGACCCCAGCAAGCCCCAGCCGAAGGCUUCGCCCAAGGCUCUGGCGGCUCCGGAGGGCAAGGGGAAAGAGGGGAAAGGGAAGGGCAAGGAAGGAAAAGGCAAAGAGGGCAAAGGCAAGGAAGGGAAGGGCAAGGGCAAGGGCAAGAAGGGACAGGUGCCUGAGGCCGAGGUGGCAGAGGUCAAGGAGGAGGAGAAGCCCACAAAGGGAAAGGAAGGGAAAGACAAGGAGAAGGAGAAGACUGCGCCCGGCAUGGAGGGUUUAGCAACGGCCGAGGGCAGCGAUGCCAUCCAGGAGAAGAGCGAAUGGGUACAGUACCAGAAAAAGCCGAACACCCGGCUACACGACAAGGACACCAACAAGAAGUGGACGGCAAGCGGCCGCACGGGCUAUGAGUUCCUGAACGUGGUUCACCUUGGGGCUCUUCUGCCGAAGCUUCCGGUCUACGAGCCCGACAUCCGCUUCCGCCUUCGCGACAGUGCUGUCGCCAACAGCCUUCUGGCAGAGGGCCGCAUUGGAUUGGCCGAGCAUUUACCCUGGGUAACAGACCCGGUACAGGCUAAGAAAUCCACUGAAGCGCGCGACAAGUAUUCCGACAGCGAAGACGGUGACCGCAACGACGGCAUGCCCGUCAGUGAUUGUGAUGAUGAAGGAUCCAACUACGUGGAGGUUGUCUUGGGCAACCAGCCUGCCAAGAUCGCCUUCAACAAAGAUGAUAAGACAAGCUUCCCGCCGGUUAUCACCGCAUGCAGUGAGAAGGGCCCCGUCGCUGCGAAGGGGAUUGGCGUCGGGGACUGGCUGAUUGCUGUCAAAAAGAAGGAGGAAAAGCAAGAGCAGACCGUCACCUGGAACCCGGCCCAGGCUAACGAGUUCAUCGAGACGACUGACAAGGAGAAGAUUAGGCCUCUGAAGUUGGUCUUCCGCAGGAAGGAUCGGAUGGAAAUCCAAGUCCGGCUGUUGCAGGGACCGCACAACUUGGAGUUGGCCAACAGCAAGGACGAGAUGCCCCCCAAGAUCAUGAAAGACAACUCGAAGGACAAGAUGUGGCGGAAGCAGGGCAUCAGUCCUGGAUUUCGCAUCGUGGACAUUAACGGUGUGGACACGAAGGAAAUGACUGCUGUGAUGCCUCGGUUCAAGCAGCUGCUGCAGCUGCGGCCGGCGAUCGUCUCCUGCAGACCUCAUGGCCUUGCGGCCCGGGGCGAUUCUGACAGGGCCAUCCAAGAGGUGAAGGAUGUGAUGCUGAGCGGCGUAGCCUCCGAGGUGUUCAAGGAGUAUGAGCACAAGCUCAGACACAAGGACGGCCCUCUAGCUUUCAUGCGUGUUCCCAGACCAAGCGCAGUGAUCCCGGACCCUGUGAAUACUCAGCAUCUGAACUGCCGCCCAGCACGAGCUGCCUGCUUGGAUGUCCAGGGCCUGGCGAAGUUCAUCGCUGGCGGUGAUGAAGAAGAUGACAAAGCCAGGCCAUCUGUGCAAGGAUGUCUUGAGCACAACAUGAACCCAGCAGUCUUCCGUAACAUCCCAUUGCUCAGCGGUGCCACAGAGAUUGGCCAGGUGAAGGCCAGGUUCAAGGUGGUUUCGCCUCCAAACAAGAAGUGGAUGUAUGGCAAGGAAGGCACUGGCGAAGACAAGGUCUUCUUCAAUGAGAAGAUGCUGCGUAAGCGCUUCAAGAUUGAUCAGCCCCACUCUCUCCGUGUGCGGACUUACAUUAUCCGGGGGCUCAACGUCAGCGGCGCUGUAUCUGGCUAUGGCAACCCUUAUCUGUACUUCAUGUACGGUGCAAGCAAGGUUUCGCUGGAAGGGCAUCGCCAAAUGCAAUCUGUUGAGCCUCGCUAUUUCCGCACGGAGGAGUGUGACAUCAAUCUGCCGGAGCAGUCUUAUUUCGAAAUCGGCCUCUUCGACUACCAGGAGAACGGCGAGGACUUGCUCAUUGGAAAGAGUGUCCUGGACCUCGAAGACAGGUUCUACACGAGGGACUACAUGAUCAUGAUGAAGAACAAGAAGGUGCCGAUUGAGUAUCGGCCACUCAUCUGCGAGUCCAUCGACGCGAACACUGGUGAUGUCAGCACCAUUUCCAAAGGCUCCCUUGAGAUGUGGAUCGAGCUCCUGGAUACCACUACCGCCGCGGAGAUUCCGGUGAGCAAGCUGUUGCAGCCCCCCGCUAUGGAAGCACUGACGAGUACGGCGACCCGAGGGAAAGCAUCAGCAUCCGCUGCCGAUGUUACCAAGGGGGUCCCCAUUGAUUGCUUCUUGCAUCUGAGCGUUUGGGAAUACUUCGCUUUGUCCCGGCCCAUUAUGCUCUGCGAGAGCCUCCUGGAGCUCAAGAGCUACGUCAAGAAGGUCUCCGAAGAUCGCAUGAUGCUGGAAAUGGAGGCAGAGUUGCCCCUGUCGAAUAACCAGCUACAAGCGGAGCUGAAGAAAGAGAUGAAGGGUGAAGGAGGUGUGGAAGGAGGUGGCGAUGGCGAUGAAGAUGAGCCGGCCGCAGAGGAAGAAGAGGAUGCUGAAGGAGAAGGCGAGUUCAACGGUGGAGCAGUUGAGGAGGAAAGGGCUAUCCCGCCUGCAGCCUACAUGAAGAUCGUCCUUCAAGUGCUGGCUCAGACGGAAGCUUCCAACGAGAACAACAAAGUUGGAAUUGCACGGAACGAGCCAAACCGCAACCCGUCCCUGCCAUUCCCGAAAACGGGUCGAGACUGGCGCUAUUCCAUGCCGACGGCUGCCAGUGUGGUGGAGAAGGUCAUGGAUGCCUUCAGCCCAUCAAAACGUGGACCGCUGAUGACUCUCAUCAUGUUCUUUAUCAUCGCCUCCAUCAUCUCGAACGUCCCCUUCGAUGAAGACCUGCAAUGUGUGACCACUGUGAAGCAGAGCUGCUUCGAUCAAAGCACCUGCUUCACCUGCAACUGCUGCGGGCGAAUUGGUGGAGACAUGUCGGAUGCCAAGAAGCAAAAGCUUUGCAAAUGGGGCUUCAUCUUCAUGAGUCGAACCGUGGAUGAGGUGUGCACCAACCUUGCAGAUUGCAAUCUCGCUCAGGGAGCGACCUGCUCCGCAGACGCAGAGGGUAAUGCACUUACGACCUGCACGGCGCCAUACGCAGCCUGCAGCAUGCUCAGAGUUACAACAUGUGAAGUCGUAGUUUUGUCGCGCCAACUGCGACUCGCUGACGCAGCACGUGGCGAGCGGCCAGUGAUUGAGGCUGCUUUGGCACAAGGUUGCGAGCGAAGACAGCGAACCCGAAGCAGGAAGGCAAGCAUCCGCUCCGUUUCAAAGCUGUCCCGAAGAGUUUACAACUCACCGCCAUCGACUCCCACACAGAAGGAGGAGCCUUGGGAGUUGCUGGGCGUGCCACUCACCGCCGACUUCACGGCAGUCGGACUGGCCUACUUUGCUCAAGGGGCUUUGGCGCUGGCGGCUCUGGCAAAGCCAUUCUAUGUGAAGGAUACCCUGGGGAUGUCGCCAGCAGAUUCUUCGCUGUUUCUCUCCUUCACGUAUUGGCCAUGGAUUAUGAAGCCAUUGUGGGGCUUCGUUGCAGACAGCAUCCCAAUUUUCGGCUCGAGACGGCAGGCCUACCUGGUCCUUGCUGGGGCAGUCAGCGUGGUUGGCUGGUUGGGCCUGGCGGGCUGGUGGCCGGUGGAGGUCAGCAAGGCGUUUGUAUACACAUACACUUGCAAAGCCAUGAAUGCGAAAUGGAGCCUGAAGAGUGAGAGAGAAGCAAAGGCCGACUCAAAGUUCGGAGCACUUCGGCCAGCAGCUGCAGGGGGUGGCGCCAGCAAGAAGAAGGCCAAGAAGGGCGUGGACCAGGGAGCUGAUGGCUUGGCCAACAUGACCAGCUAUGCCGGUGCGGUCCUGGCGGAGUACGUCUGGCUGGAUGCCAAGCAGGUUCCAAGGUCCAAGACGAUGACCAUGACGACGCUGCCGACUUCCGUGGAAGGGCUUCGUGUGUGGAACUAUGACGGCAGCAGCACGGAGCAGGCGGACGGCAACAACUCUGAGGUCUACCUCUACCCCAAGGCGAUCUUCAAGGCCUGGGCAGCAAAGCAUAGACCAUCCUAA